CUCCAUUUCCUUGUGUCAAACGGGCAAAGGUUUUAAAUCUUCUCCACUCUGAAAAAAAAGGGCUUAUUUAUUAUUUUAUUUUAUUUUAAUUUCAUCAUGUUCAAGAAAACCUUGGUGGAGAAGCUUUUUAAUAUUUCGAAAAUGUCUUCACAAGCUCUUACUAGAUGCCGCACUUCUUCGUCAACGGCUCACAAUCGAGUUUUGCAAAAUGUAACCACCAUGGUGCCCGAUCAAGGAGACUUUAAAGCUAACGUUAACAGUAAUGGAAUGUGCCGACGGUUUCUUCAUGAAGGAGCUAUGCAUUCACCGGCAAUAAGGAAGCUACCGAUGGGAGAGAAUUUAAUGGAGACGUUAAGGGGAAUUGGCACGUCAAAAGACCGGAUCCGACUGGAGGGGUUGAGCCCGCAUUUGGAGGAGAAAACGACGGUGCAGGAGGUGGCGGCACUGUCGAAUCAGGAAGCAGAGAAGUUGCUAAGAGUGGCGCUGUUGGAGGUGAUGAAAACGAGGCUGAGAGAGACCGGGAAAAACUGGAUUCCCUAUUCAAACUUCAUUCGGAUUUGUGAAGAAUGUUUUUCGGAUCCGAAACUAGGAUUGGAGUCCGCCAAAUUACUUGAAGAGUCAGGGGGCGUCAUCGUCUUAGGAAACCUCGUCUUUUUGCGACCCGAACAGGUAGCCAAAGCUGUGGGAGGUUUGAUUCCUUUACAGAGACCAAAUCCAAAUGACCCGAGAAUAAAACAAUUGUUAGAAAUGGAGACGCAAAAGGCUAAAAUUGAUUCAAAAGCCAAUUCAUUGGUCCGUCGAGAACUAUGGGUGGGUCUAGUCUAUUUGGUGGUUCAAACCGCGGGGUUCAUGAGGCUAACCUUUUGGGAACUGUCAUGGGAUGUCAUGGAACCAGUGUUCAAUCGCUUAAUGAAAGUCAAGAAGUCGCCUUCCAUCUGCACCUUACGAAAGCCCAUAUCAAUUGCAUACCAGAUAGCUUGUUCAGAUGCCUGAGCCUCAGCUAUAAACGCAUCUGCUACAUGAUCUGUUGGAACGACACAUCGUUCCAUCUGAUUCAUGCAGCCACCGAUUGAUGCCCACCAGUCCUCAUCCCGUCGGAGCUCUUAGAAUGAUUCCCAAGUCAAAAAUAAUCUAAGUCGGAUCAACCCUCACCCGCACCGGAAUAAGCUUUCUCCAUGUCCCAAUUUGCCACAAAUGAAAUAGAAAAGAUUAAGUUUUUCAUAUUGAAAACGAGCGUAGUACAUUUGCCCUCUCAACAGAACCUUCUUCUUCUGUUUAAAAGGUAACCAUACAUCAAUAUGAACUCGAACCCGUAUGAAACGUUGUAUCCCUAUAGAAGGAACCCGAGUAUCAUAAUCUAAAAAUUCUCCCAAAAAAGCCUUGAAUCUCCUUGUCAUUGUUUCCGACAUAAUCCCCGGUGGUAGAUCAUGUAUUUGUACCCAAAACAACACAUGAUGGAGAGACAAUUGUAGGGAAUCCUCCCCAAUUUCUAACUUUUGCAGUAAGAGGAGAUGAUUGUUAAAGAACCACGACAUUUCGUUAACCACCCUGUUUAUAUCAACAACAUAAAAGAAUUUAAACAAAUAACCUUUCUCCCAUAAAUCAAUAAUGGCAAUUCCCCCAAUUAGUUGCCAGAGAUCUGCUGAAGUGUUUCACAGUGAUGGGAAAUGAACCACACUAUCCGUUAAACAGAAGCCCACCAGACAGAAUUGCAAAUCAUCACUAGAAUCUUUUGGAUUCUCCUAAAAGGCCUCAUCUUCUUCAUCUGUAAGAUGCAUAUACACCAGUUCAUCCUCUAUUGGAGUACUAAAGCGUAUGAGAUGGUCAGAAAAACCACCAGGAACUGAAAAACAACCAAAGCGUGUCAAAAUGAUAGAAGAAAAAUCGUGCCAGAGAAAACAACAGAUGAAUAUUAUAGUUUUUCUCUUUUUUUGAGGUUUUUGAAAUAGUCUUUAUUUCCAUAUUUACAAUGUUUCUAAUUCAUUCUAUGAAUGUAGAUAAGAAAUUUACUUUUUUUUUAUAUGGAUUUGAAGAAAUAUUUAUGUUGUUUUUUCUUAUU